GGGGGAUGGCUGCGGCGGGGUGGGAGCCGCGCAGCUGGACGAGGAGGAGGAGGCGCAGGAGGAGGAGGAGGAGGAGGAGGAGGAGGGCGGCGGUGCCGGAGCGGCGGCCCCCGUCCCGCCCCGCCGCAGCUGCCGGGCACCGGGCACCGGGCAGGCGGCGGCGGAGCGCAUGGAAGCGGCGGCGGCCCCGGCGCCGGGCGGCGGCCCCGGUACCCUGCUGCUCUGCCUGGCCCUGGCCUCCGGCUUGGCACUCUUCAGCUGCGUGGGCGCCGACACCAACAUCACAGCGGGCCACGGCCCCGAGGGGCUUGGCUGCGGCACGGCACGGCCAUGCACAGGGAAUGGCACGCAGCUGCGGCGGCAGAGCCACUUCUCCCGCUGCCCCGAGGAGUACCAGCACUACUGCGUCAAGGGCAGGUGCCGCUUCCUCGUGGCCGAGCAGGCUCCGGCGUGUGUGUGCGAGCGGGGCUACACCGGGGCUCGCUGCGAGAGGGUGGAUCUGUUCUACCUGCGAGGGGACCAGGGCCAGAUCGUCAUCAUCUCCCUGAUCGUCGCCAUCGCCGCCCUCAUCAUCCUCGUCGUCGGCAUCUGCCUCUGCAGCCACCACUGUCGGAGGCAGCGUAGGAAGAGGAAGGCAGAAGAGAUGGAAACGCUAAACAAGGAUGGACCUUCCAGAAGUGAAGACGUGCGGGAAACGGGCAUCGCGUGAAGGAGCUCCCGGUACCUGCGGGCGGGUCCCGGACAGCAGCAGCUGCUGGCUCCACGGGCGAGGGCUAAAGCGUGCGGCGGCUUCAAUAAAGGGGUGACGGAAAGGUG